AUGGCCGAUGUCGAUCUUAUAGAGGAAAUGCGAGGGGUGGUCGGUUUGGCAAUUGACCGCGCAAACCAAGACUUGAGGAAAAGGAUUAACCAAGAAUUACACCAACAUCCCGAAAUAGCAUAUCAAGAAGUGUUCGCACACGAUACAAUCACGCAAUUUCUUCAAGACCGCGGUUUUACCGUGAAGCGCAGUACUUAUGAUCUCGCAACAAGCUUCGAAGCCGAGAUCGGUUCUUCUGGACGUCUCGUGGUAAUCUGUGCUGAAUACGAUGCACUACCUCAGAUCGGUCAUGCCUGUGGCCACAACUUAAUCGCAACAUCAUCUAUUGCCGCCUUUCUCGGCGCUGCUGAGGCCUUGAAAAAGAGCGGUGCUGCUGGACGACUCCGAAUACUCGGUACUCCGGCCGAGGAGGGCGGUGGUGGAAAAGUAAAACUAAUCGGUGCCGGGGCAUUCAAGGGUAAUAUUGCAGCAGCCAUCAUGGCUCAUCCAAUGCCUAGUCAUCAGAUAUCCGGCUCCAAUGCGCCACAUAUAUAUGACGGUCUAGCGGGAUUAAAGAUGAUAGCGAGUCAUAAGUUUCGCACCGAGUUUCGUGGGAAAACAGCACACGCUGCCGGUGAACCGUGGAAUGGUGUCAAUGCCCUUGACGCUGCCGUCGCAGCAUAUAGCAGUGUCGGACUUCUUCGUCAACAAAUCCAACCCGAUGAACGUGUCCAUGCUGUAAUUGAGGUCGGCGGGACGGUGCCGAACGUAAUUACAGAUUACACACGUAUGAACUGGAACGUUCGAAGUCCGACUAUUGCCGGAGCCGAUAAGUUGCUUGCCCGUGUGAAAGCAUGCAUAGAAGGGUCAGCCACUGCCACUGGCUGCGAGCUCAAUUAUAUCGUAGCGCCGACAUACGCAAACUUGACGGCAAACAAAGCUCUUUGCGAGGUAUAUGCGGAUGAGAUGGGACGUAUUGGGGAUAAAAUUCUAUUGCGGAACGAGAAGCCCGUAACUGCGUCAACGGAUAUGGGUAACGUAUCCCAUAUUAUACCGAGCUUCCACGGCGCAUUCGCAAUAUCAGCGCCACCGAACACUUCGCUCCAUAAUCCCGGGUUCACCGCGGCGGCUAGCACCGACGAAGCUCAUGAAAAGGCCCUGCGAUGUGCGAAAGGAAUGGCGAUGCUGGCCGUUCGGGUACUUUUGGAUGAAGAACUCGCUUCUAAGGCUGAUUAUGACUUUCAACAUAACCACGAGUGGUGA